GAAAGCCCCCCUCCCUCCCAACGGGAAAUUGAUCUCCUCGCUUGGACAAGGAACCUCGUCGCCCUGGCCACAGCCCGCAGCCUCUACGGCGCGUCAAACCCCCUGGAGGGAAUAGAGGGGUCAUUCUGGGAAUUCGACCACGGCCUCGGCGGGCUACUGGUCGGCAUCUGUCCCCAGGUGACGGCGAGGAAGGCCUACCGCGGAAGGGAGAAACUAGUCCAGUCUUUUGCAGCCUGGCUCCGAAACGGAAAACACAAAGAGGCAGACGUGGCACCCAUCAUCGCCAACCGGGUAGCCAUGGCCGCGAAACACGGGUGGGAGCUACAAGAGGUAGCCAGGUCCGAAGUAAGCUUCCUAUUCGCCGGGAUCGUCAACACCGCCACGACGAGCUUCUGGGGUGUGCUGCAGACGUUCAACGACCCAAAACUCCUGGGGGGAUUAAGGGCAGAGUUGGCUGUUGAUCCCAACAGCAAGACGAUCGAAGCAAGGUUGAGGGAUGCCAAGCUGCUCUUGGAGGCGGUGGUGAACGAGUGUUUGAGGCUUGGGAGCGACACUUACUCCACAAGGGUGGUGGUCCCAAAGGAGGGGGUCGAGGUUGAAGUCAAAGGAAAAGAGUACUGGUUCCAGGGGGGCGCGAUGGUGCAGAUUUCGGGGGGGACGAUACAUGCCUCCAAGGAAAACUGGGGGGAGGACGCGAGGGAAUUCAAACCGGAGAGGUUCUUGAAGGGGGUCAGCUUCAAGAACUUUAGGGCUUUUGGUGGGGGGCAGACGCUCUGUCCGGGGAGGAAUUUUGCCCUUGCUGUUGUCAGGUUGUUGAUUGCCAUGGUGGUGACAAGUUUGAUAUCGAGGUUGUAG